AUGGGAUCAUCCUGCAGCAGUUCAUUCGUAGGCAAAAAUGUUAGCUCCAAAAAGCAGGCAAGAAAGAGCUCGAGUGAAGAUUUGUACAAGACGAGUGAAAAGUCAUCAUCUCCCUUCCCUAAUGAUACUACAUCGAAUGCAUCCACUAAGGUUACAAUGCGACCUUCUCAUUCACAGACAGGUCUUCAAUACUCGAGCAGCAAUAAUACCAGUAGUGGUAGUGUGAAAGGAGCCUCAUCCAAUCACCAACCUACUAUUGCUUCAUCAUUAAGCACUUCAACACUUGCUUCCGUAAGUUCGAAAAAGACAAAGAAAAAGUCAACGGCCUCCUCAUGUAUUAUAGUGCAGCCAGAUUUGUUUGAUCCUGUUGUUUAUGCAGAGAGAGAAAUUGAGAGAAGACAACGAGAUCCAAGGACAACAACAUUGAGAAUGUCUUUGGAUAAUUUUAAAUUCCCAUCAGAGAAAUCACUGGUUUCUAAUCAAACAUGUUAG